AUGGCUCCAACAAAAUCCAAUUUGAAGCGCAAGGCUUCCAUAGUGGAAGCGGAUGCAUCAAACCAACCUCAAUCAGACGAUGAGUUCGGAGAUGGUCUUCUUGAGGGUGUACUAGAAGACGAUUCGGAUGAAGAAUCUGAAAUCGAAGAAGAUGGCGACGAAGACGAUAUUAACCGAGAUACGUCCCCAGCCGACGACGACACAUUAGAGAGCGACGAUAUGCCCACAGACGAUGAAACGUCUAACAAGAAACAAAUACAAAAUGGGGCCGAAUCCGAUCAAGAGGAUGUCGGACCUCACUACAGAAUCGAGACCGACGCCAAUGGGGGCACCAGAUACGUUUACGACGACGUUGAGCCGGUAUACGACUCCGAUGAUACAGAUGCGCAAGAACCCGCAAACACGAUUGGCAACAUACCCCUCUCCUUCUACGACUCGUACCCCCACAUAGGUUAUGAUAUAAAUGGAAAGAAAAUUAUGCGGCCUGCCACUGGCGAGGCUUUGGACGCCCUGCUAGACAGUAUUGAGGUACCCAAGGGAUGGACGGGCCUUACGGACCCUGCUACCGGCAAGCCUCUAAAUUUAAGUCAAGACGAGCUAGAAUUGUUGCGACGAGUCCAGAUGAAUGAGAUCCCCGAAGAAGGAUACGACCCAUAUCCGGAUACUGUGGAAUGGUUUACGAGUUUUGAAGAGACAAUGCCAUUGAGCGCCGCACCAGAGCCGAAGCGAAGGUUCCUACCCUCAAAGCACGAGGCUAAGCGAAUAAUGAAACUAGUUAAAGCGAUUCGGGAAGGCCGAAUAUUACCAUACAAGCCCCCUGAGGAAAGGCAGCGAGAAGAAGAGGAAGAGGAAGAAGUUCACUAUGAUUUGUGGGCUGAUGAAACACCUCGACCACCCAACGUCAUGCACAUUCCCGCACCUAAACUCGCACCUCCCGGCUACGACCUUAGCUAUAAUCCACCUCCAGAAUAUCUCCCCACAGAAGAUGAAAAGAAGGCCUGGGAGGAGUUGGAACCGGAAGAACGGGAGAAAGAAUACUUGCCACAGAAAUACGACUCAUUACGGAGAACUCCUGCAUACGACCAAUUUGUUAAAGAACGUUUUGAGAGAUGUCUUGAUCUCUAUCUUGCUCCUCGAAUACGGAAGAACAAAUUAAAUAUCGAUCCAGCGUCAUUACUUCCCAAACUUCCGCGACCGGAGGAGCUCAGACCUUUCCCAACCAUUGCGUCAAUAGAAUAUGCGGGUCAUGAGGGCAGGGUGCGAUCAGUGGCUAUUGAUCCAUCAGGGCAAUGGCUAGCUAGUGGCGGCGACGAUGGCACUGUUAGGGUGUGGGGUCUCGCAGAUGGUAAGCAGCAAUGGAAAGUCAAACUAAGUAGCGAGGACCCCGUAGACGUGGUACGAUGGCGACCAGGCCAUGACGCAACAAUUCUUUCGGCGGCCGUUGCUGAGGAUAUUUUUCUCAUGAUCCCAUCUUACGGAAAUCCAGAGUUAGAGCAAGCCAGUCGCGAUAUUCUAGAUGCAGGAUUUGGUUAUGCUACCAAUGGCAAGCAACUUACGACAGCAAAUGGAGCAGCACGAAAAGACCCACCUGCAAAAUGGUCGCGGCCAGGAGCACGUCUAGAGGACGAAGGAGUCUUGCUAAAAGUUACGGUUCGAGCGCCUGUGAAAACAAUCAACUGGCACCGACGAGGAGAUUUCUUCUGUACCGUUUCCCCUAGUGGGCAAAGGAGCUCGGUAGCAAUCCACACGCUAUCUAAGCACCUUACUCAAAUUCCCUUCCGCAAAUUGCCCGGAUUGGCACAAACAGCAUCUUUCCACCCUUCGCGCCCAUUAUUUUUUGUCGCUACACAACGAUCAAUACGAUGUUACGAUCUUCAAAAGCAGGAACUCGUCAAAACUAUCCAGCCUGGAGCCAGGUGGAUCUCUUCAUUCGAUAUACAUCCCGGUGGUGAUAACUUGGUUGUUGGAUCGUAUGACCGUCGUUUGCUCUGGCAUGAUCUGGAGAUGUCGAGCCGACCAUACAAAACGAUGAGAUUCCAUCCUCAGGCGAUUAGGGCGGUAAGAUUUCACCGAAGUUAUCCAUUAUUCGCGGAUUGCAGCGACGACGGUACCCUACAAAUAUUCCACAGCAAAGUUGUGAGCGACUUGAUGGAAGGCCCAACUAUUGUCCCCGUCAAGAUGCUUAAAGGACAUAAGGUGGUUAACAAACUUGGUGUUACGGAUGUCGACUGGCAUCCCCAGCACCCAUGGUGCGUAAGUGCAGGGGCAGACGGUACUUGUAGAUUGUGGACAUAA